AUGUCCAGCCGCCGCGCGCCGUCCCCGGCCACCACGGUCGUCCCGCUCCCGCCCUCCGCGCCCCGGCCGCCACGCCCGCGGCGCAGCGACGUGUUCGUCCGGCUGGUCUGCGCCGAGAACCUCAUGCCGGAGCUGGCCACCAUCCGCGCCCUCCUGCCGCGGUACCCCUACGUCACCGUCUACGCGGAGCACGCCGCCGGCGUCGGGGCGGGCGACGACUUCGCCGACGCCGACGCCGACGGCCGCGCCGCGCUGCCCCCGGGAGUGCGGGUCGAGGGCCUCCCCGCCGCGGCGCGCUACGCGCUCGCCAAGAUCGACGUCGACGCGUUCCCGCUCCUCCGGCUCGGCAUCACGCUCUGCGACGCGCACGGCCGGCUCCCCGCGGUCGGGCUGCUCCCCGGCCGCGGCGGCGGGGCGGCGACCCUGCCGGCGCUCGCCUACGCCCUGCGCGCCACCGGCGUGGUCUCCGCCGAGACCUGGGGCAAUGUCAUCUGGGUGGCGCCCGGCGGGCUCUACCACCUCGGCUUCCUCCUCAAGGCGCUCACCGGCGGCGCGCCGCUGCCGGACACCAGGGGCGAGUUCCUUGCGGCGCUGAGAGGGCACCUCGGCGGGCGGGUGUUCGACGUGAGGUACGUGGCGGCGCGGGUGCCGAGGAGCGUCACCCUCAGGGGCCCGCUCGCGUACCUGGCGGCGCUGCUCGGCGCGCCCGCCGCGGCGGCGAGGGGCCCCUGGCAGGCCGGGGAGAAGAGCCUCGCCGCGUGCCAGGUGUUCAUGCGGAUCAAGGGGCUCUACUUCGCCUGGGACGGCGUCGACAUGCACGCCGGCUGCAUCGACGGCCUGCACGCGCCCCCGCCGUGGUCGUCGAGCUCGUGA